UUGCCAAGAUAAACAAAAACACCUACUGGGAGUUCAAUGUUCAGUACAAAGCGACAGGAUCCAUUAGAACUUUACCCAAUCCUCUCAGAACAGUAAAGCACUCGCAAACUGUAUCUACUUCCUCCAGACAUGGGUUGGAUAUACUCUGUCAUUUGGUUUGUGUUUGUGUCUGUGUCGAUGUGUGAGUGCUGUUCUGUGGGCUUCACUGAUUGUUCAAUGCAUGGAGAGAUCCGGUCCACUCUGUAUCCCCUGCCCUACCCAGCCGGCCUGAAGAGAGAGUGGAACAUUUUGGGACGGGACGGAUACCAGAUCCAGCUGUCCAUAACACACCUGGACAUCAAACCUUCCGCUGGCUGCUCUCAGGACUCUCUUACAGUCGUCUAUGAUCAAAAGAUCCUGGGGAGGUUUUGCGGCCAGGAAAAUUCCACUAAUCACCCAGGCAAAGAGCCGAUCCGUUCUCCUGGCAUGACUCUCAUAUUCCAGUCAAGUAACUCCAACUCAGAAGUCCAACAGCAUAUCGGCUUCUCUGCUACCUAUAAAUUAACAGUGAUUGACUGUGGAGAACCUGAGCCUCUGCUGAACGGAGGGAUGACCUACAUGUCUGAAUUUCAGAACAAGUACCGCUCUAUUUUUCAGUACCACUGUAAUGAGCCGUAUUAUUCCCUCCCUGAAGAUGCAAACGUUUUAUUCACUUGCGGAGCCGAUGGAAAAUGGAAAUCCAGCAACGGCAGUGAUGUCAGUCCUACAUGCAUACCAGUUUGUGGCAAGCCAACAGAACACCUCUCUGUGUAUCAGAGGAUCAUAGGAGGCAACGAUGCUCCAGAAUAUACCAUCCCCUGGCAAGUGCAACUUAAAGAAAAUUACGGAAGUGGAGGAGGCAUGGUGAUCGCAGACCGCUGGAUUAUGACCGCAGCUCAUCUUGCAACGCAAGCUACCAACCCAGUAUCAAACAACACUGUGCAGGUUUAUCUGGGACAAACUGAUGUUCAGAGGUUGAUGGAUUCUCCUGUUCAUGCUGCCUCGGUCCACAUUCACCCUGAUUACAACAACCCCGUAGACUACAACAACGACAUUGCCUUAAUCAAACUGCAAGACCCGAUCACAUUCAACGCAUCUGUAAUGCCCAUAUGUUUACCAGCGCAGAAUGCCACGUAUGUCACUGGAAUGAUGGGACUGGUGUCAGGCUUUGGCUAUACACAGGAAAUGGGCCGUUCAACACAGCAGUUGAAGUACGUUCACCUCCCUGUGGUGGACCAGGAGACAUGCAGGGAUUCAUUUACUACGUCUCGGCAGAAACGGGGUGGAGGACAAAUCCUGACAGACAAUAUGGUUUGUGCUGGACUUCCUGAAGGAGGGAAGGACUCCUGUAGUGGUGAUGCUGGAAACGCGUAUGCCCUGAAGGACAAGGGACGGUUUUGGGCUGCAGGGAUUGUCAGCUGGGGGACUGGCUGUGGACGGCGGGGAGCAUAUGGAGUCUACACCAGAGUCGCUAACUACCUGGACUGGAUCACAAAGACCAUGCAGGAGAACUGAGAGUUACCAUCUUUAAUCAUUUAGUUCUGCCAAAUAACAACAAACAAGAAAGAAUGACUUGACCGAUGUCUUCCAAUAAAAUGAUGAAGUAAAGUUGCAGAUUGACUAAAGUAAUAA